AUGGCUCUUGCUUCAUCACUUCAUAGAAUGUCAACUAGUUCCGGUUCUUCAUCAUCAUCAAAUACAUUUCUUUUACCUACAACUGAUUUAAUUAUAUCUGAUAAUCAAUUAAUUGAUAUUCUUUUAAAUGAUCAAAAUACAGAAUAUAAAAUUCAAACAGUUAAUCGUUGGUGUAAAAAUACACGACGUAAUCGUUUAUCAACUAUACUUGAUGUUUCACAAAGACAUGAUGUAUUAUUAUCUCUAAUUAAUAUUCUUCAACAAACAACUAAUUUAGAAUAUCAGUAUAAUUGUUUAACACUUUUAUCGGAGAUUCAUAUAAAUAUUCAUCAUUAUGAUCAACGAAUUUAUCUUCCAGCAAUUAUACAAUGUUUUUCAUCUACAUCAAAUGAUGUACAAUCAUUAACCGUACAAUUAUUAACAAAACAAAUACAUUUAACAUCGGAUAUUCGAACAUUUUUAUUUAUUUAUUUACAAGAUGGUUUAAAAUCUUCUAAUAUUCGAAUACGUGUUAUGGCUAUUCAAUCCUUAACCGAACUAUUAAAUACUAUACAUCAAUAUGAAAAUCUUUCUCCAAUAUUCGAAGUUCUUCUACAAAAUUUACAAGAUAAUACAUUUCGUUCAACUUAUAAUACUAUUCUUCUUAAUUCUAUUCAACAUAUUAAACAAAUUAUAGGUUUAGAUUCAAUUCAUACUUAUCUUGAAAAUUAUCUACCAAUAUUAAAACAAACAUAUUUUACAUAUGUACCACAAAUAAAUGAACAAUCUCAAAUUGUUCCUCUUGAUACUGAUUUAGAUGAUGAUGAUGAUAGAACACCAAGAGCAUCUCAAAAUAAUACGAGUCAAUUAGAUAAUUCACAUAAUUUAUUAUCGAAUCGAAAACCUCCAUUACCAAUAACAAAUGAUAAUUUAGAUUUUUAUUCAAUUAUUGAUUCAUUACGUUCAAAUUGGUCAGUAGCUGAUGAAACAAAUCGUUUAAAUUAUCUUGAACAUUUUAAACAAUCAUGUGAAAAGUAUUUACAAAAAAUUCGUACACAAUAUUUAUCACCAUCACAUGAAUUAGAAUUUCAUCAAGUAUUACAUACAUUUCUAACAUCUAUACUUGAUCUUUUAUCUUAUUUAACAUCAUCAAAUCUUGAUAUAUCAAUUAAAAUUAAACUUGUUCUAUCAACAUGUCUUGGUUGGCUUAUUAAACAUGCUCAAGUUAUUUAUUGUAAAAGAAAUUUUAAAACAAUUUGUACAGUUUUUAAAAAUAUUCUUCGUAAUGGACAAUCGAAUAAUCGACAAUUAGCAAAAUUAAGUGUUAGUCUUAUUCUUUUACUUGAAAAUUUUGUUCAACCUCCUCUUAUUCUCAAUGAAUUAAUCGAUGAUAAUUUUGAAUCUUAUAAUUAUCGUAUACAACUUGAAAUGCUUGCUAUUGUUACAGCAACAUUAUUAAAAUAUCGUCAAUAUCAAUAUGAAAAUUUACCAAAAAUUUCUCCUUAUUUUCUUCCAUUAUUAAUAUCUAAUCGUCGUGAAUUACGUCAUGGAGCUAUUGAAUGUUUUACAGUUAUUUGUAGUUAUUAUAAUUCAUAUAAUCCAUUGACAUUAGCAAUAUUCGAAACAAAUCAACCGAUAAAACAUCUUUUAACAUCAAUUGAAAUUUUAUCAAUAGAUGCAUUUAAUGCAUUACGUUUUCGUUUAUUACGUAAUGUACUUCCAUCUUUAACUGGUAAAGGAAAUAUAACACCAGGUUUAGUAUGUGAUUCAAAUACAUUAAAUGAUCCGGAUGCAAAAUUUAUUUUAUUGGUUAAUAAUCCAACACCAACUCCACGAACUACAACAGCACCCAUUAUUGAAUCAUCAUCAUCAUUAACAAAAAUAACACCGACGAAUAAUAAAUUACUUCAAUUAGCUAUGCCUUUUGCAGCAUCAACAACAAAAACAAUUACUAAUGACACAGUAAUGCGUAGUCGUGAAAUACCACCAUUGAAAGCAUCUGAUGCUGAUCACGAUCUACAACGUUUUACAACUACAAAUCAUCAUUAUGAACCACCAAAAAAUCUAACACUUGUCACGACUGGUGGACUACCAUUUGAUUUUACUAUAACUAAAAAUAAUCAUAAUAACACAAUUCAAUUUCGCCCAUCUGCACCACGUCGUCCAUCAUUAAAUCGAUUUCCAGUUGCACAUAGUCUAUUAAUUACAUCACAAGUUCAUAAUCAACAAGAACAACAACAACAGACUCCACCAAAACGUCAUUUUGAUUCAGAAAAUGAUCAUGAUGAAGGUAUUGGCAGUGCAGUAGAAUCACGUUCUUUAUCUAUUAAUACAUCCGAUGAUGGCUUAAUUGAGAACGAUCAUAAACAAUCGAUAAAACCUGUUCGAUCAGUACAUAGUAGUUCAACAAGACGUAAAGUCGAUCGAUUAUUUAGUACUGGUAGUGAUUUAGAAUCAGCAUCAGCACGAACUUUAACACCAGAAAAUAGCAACGAAAGUGGUGUUUAUUCACAAUCAGGACGUGAUAUUGAAAACGAUACAAAUAGAAGUACAAGAUCAGCGCAAUCCAUUGGCAACGAGCAAUUAUUUUCUACCAGACCACGUCUUGCUCGUUCGGCUUUAAAAUCUAAAAUUGACAAAUCUCAAUUACCACCUACUGAUCCCUCAUUAUCAUCCCGACAAACAACACAUGAUCAUAGUUCAAAUGGUGGAAAUACACAUCGUACAACGAACACAAAUGUUGAAGUAAUCGGAAAAGGUUACAUGGAUGAAAAAAGUCCUAUGAAACAAUUAUCAACUGAAUCUAUGGAUGAUAAACAACCAGCUAUAAAUAAACCUCGAGCAAAACUUAUUAAAGGUUCUGUUGUUAACAACCCUUUAAACAUAACAACACAUACAAACGUUAAUCUUGAAGACACAUCUAUUCUUGAUGAUGACCAAGACAUUGGAGUUAUUGGAAAAGCUGUUCAUAUUCCAUUACGUAUACGAGCUGAAACAGAUGUAACUAAAAUACAAAAUACAAAUACAUUAUUUAAUAAAUUAAGUCGACAAAGUGAUAGUGUUGAAAUGGUGUCCGAUGAAUAUGAUAGUGAUUCAAAAGAAAAUGAACAUUUUGUUAAUAUGGGACAAACUUUAUCAGCAUCAUUUCGUUUACGUGUUCAACAAAAAACUCAGGAAAAAAUUGAACAAAAAGAACGUCGACGACAAGAUCGAGAAUAUCAUCGUCGUCAAUUACAAAUUCAACAACAAAAUCAUACUAUAAUUAAUGGAGAAAAUUUAAAUGAUAAUGAUCGUCCAACAUCAUCAACUUCAACAAGUCGAUAUUCAUCUCAACCGGAUCUUUCAUCAGUUACAAAUGAAUUACCACCAACACCACGACGACAAAUUGAAUCAAGUGUACCUUCAAUAUUACCCAAUGUUUCAUCUCAACAACGUUUAUUACGUAACAAUAAAAAUCCAAUGGCUCGAUCUCAAACAUUUAAUAAUCGUCGUGAAUUAGUUUCAACUGAUCAACGUAUUCCAUUUAAUCGACCAUUAUCAGAAGAUCGUGUAACUGAUCAAUUAAGAAAUCCUGAUGGGGUUUUUCGUGAAGCAAUGGACUCAGUUUCGAAUGAUGAUUGGGAACGAAAAUGUUCUGGUCUUGGUUUAAUUCAACGUCUUUGUGCACAAUAUCCUGAUUUAAUUAUACAAAAUUUACAUCCAGUUGUUAUAAUACUUAUUCAAGAAGUUAAAAAUCUUCGAUCACAAGUUGCUCGAUUUGCUUUAUCAACAUUUUGUGAUAUGUUUAAACAUUUAAAACGAAAUAUGGAUAUUGAACUUGAUAUAACAAUUAAAGCUAUUAUGCAAAAAAGUGCGGAAUGUAAUGAAUUUUUUAGAAAUGACGUAGAAAAAUGUCUUCAAACCAUGAUUGAAAAUGUGACAAUUCAAAAAGCAUUACAAGCAUUAAUAGCUGGUGGAGCAAGUCAUCGUAGUCCAGCUGUAAGAAAAACAUCAGCAAAAUACAUCUAUAUUGUAUGUGAAAAAUUGGGUUCAAAUAAAAUUUUAAGUGGAAUUCGUGAUAUAACAGAACGUGUAUUACAAGUAGCUGCAACAUUUGCAUCGGAUGGACCGCCAGAAAUCAGAUGGUAUGGUAAAAAAAUUUAUUAUAUGUUAAUGUCAUCGGAUGAACUUGAUCCAUUAAUGAAACAUUAUCUUAAUCCAACAGCUUAUUCAAAUAUGUGUGAAGUUCUUGAUAAUAUUCGUACUAAAGGAGGAGUUGGUGAAACCCCGAGUGAAUCAGCACGAAAUCAUGGACGACGUGUAGUUUCGUCUGAUAAAAUGCAUACAACUGGUAAUCUAACAAAUCAUUUCACAGCAAUACGUAAAUUGAAUAGUGCAGAUCAAACUGAACAAAUUCGUAAAUUAACAAAACAAAUGCGUAGUUCAGAUUUUCGCGAACGUUUAAAUGGUAUUGAAGAAUUUCAAAAAUUAUGUGAACUUGAAACCGAUAUAGCUAUUCAAUCACUUGUACAAAUCUUUGAUGGAUUCAAUGAAUGUCUAUCUGAUAUGAAUUCAAAAGUUGUUCUUAAAGCCUUAAAUACAAUGCAUCAACUUGUACCUAUAUUAGCUGAUGCAUUAUCAGCUGUAAUUAAUUCGACAUUACCUAUAAUUGCACAAAAUAUUGCAUCAAAAAAUCGAGAAAUAUCUCAACUUGCAUCAGAUAUAAUUGAUGCAACUAUUGAAUAUAUCGAUAGUGGUUAUCUAAUACAACCUCUUUGUACAUUAAGUCAAAAUAGCAAUCUACGUAUUCGACCAGAAAUCGUUUUAAAAUUAGCUACUAUUGUUCCACGUGUUUGUCAACGUAAACCUAAACAAGUUGAAAUUCAUCUAUUACCAACCUAUUGGAAAUUAUUAGCUCUAUUACGUGGUCAAAAUUCUACAGCUAUAACAUCAUCAGCUGGUGGUUCCAAUACUUUAAAUGCGUCAAUUCAUACAUUAACAACAGCUCUUUAUACAGAACUUGGUACUGUACUUCUUGAUAAAGCUAGUUCAAGUUCACAAGUGACACCAAAAAAUUUACAAGUCCUUCGUGAACUUUGCAUAAAUAUUGAUGCUGUGUGA